AUGGCGACUGCCAAGCAGCCCAAGUCCAUUCUGAAGAAGGCGUCUUACCCCGCCACAACAUCAUCGAAGGAAGAUCGAGACCGCGAGGUAGCUCUGUACCAUGCAAAUCUUAUCCAGCAACGCAAAGACAUCGAGCUCAAUAUCUUCUUUUCGACAGAGACACUCAUAGAUUACCCUCUUGCGAAAUCACCAUACGAUGCCUCGAAUCCAUCUCCCACCGAUGCAAAAGAAUUCAAGCAGUUCCUCCGACCCUUUCAACCAACUGACUACGAUGAGUUGAUUCACGAACGCAAUACCAACGAGAAAUGUGGCUACACUCUAUGUCCGAAUGCUCGAGUGAAGGAUGGCAGUGGGGGCAAAUACAGGAUUCUAGGGACGAAUGGCAAGGCGAAGGACUUCAGAGUUGUGGAGAAAGAGGAGUUAGAGAAGUGGUGCUCAGAAGCGUGUGCCAAGAGAGCUCUAUAUGUGAGGGUACAGCUGAGUGAGAGUCCAGCUUGGGAGAGGGACGCUGCUGGAUCGACGGUCAAUAUUGAUCUUCUGGACGAGCCAAAGUCUGCGGAAGGCGCUAUUGCUGAAGGCUUGGAGAAAUUGAACCUGGAGGGAGGCAAGGCAGUCAAGCAACAGGAUGCUGCAGAUCUAGCGUUAGAAAGGGGCGACACCGGUCUGGCGGCCAAGAAUGGUCUGGUGGACGUGAACAUCCAAGAGAAAGAAGUUCAGAGGCCUGCCCAAGCUCCAUCUUUGGAUGAUCUCAGUGGGAGGGUGGAUACGAUGCAUCUGACAUUAGAAGGACACACACCUGAGUUUGGCAGUCGACGACAGAGACGCCAUACUGAAGAUUUAGAGAACGAAGAAGAUCCAGAUACGGAUUGGAGGAUGUAG